AUGAAUGGAGGAAUGGAGCAUAAAACUCCUGGGCACAAUGCAGUGCUUCACAAAGCGCCUAAAAACUACAAGUUGCUCAUGGACCCAUUCCUUGUCAAAGGGGCAACAAAAUUGUAUCGAUACGAUGGAUGUGUGCCUGGGGAUGCCAGCUAUCCUCCGGUGCAAUGUAGAGACCCUCGGUCACAGAUCCCAAGGAUCUGGAAUAAGAUAGAGCCAGCUGACUUACCAGUUCCUAAAUUCAAAAUUGAUAAAAAUUAUGUUGGAAUCCCUCCCCAGCUUGAAAUAACUAUUGGAAAUCUCAAUGAUAACAUAGACAAAGCAUUUUUGGUGGACAUGAUGAACAAAAUUGGUCCUUAUGAGGAAUUGAGAAUAUUUUAUCAUCCUUUAACAAACAGACACUUGGGUUUUGCGAGAAUUGUAUUUCAAGAUGUAAAACAUUCAAAACUAUGCAUUGAGAAGUAUAAUGGAAAAUCAGUUAUGGGUCAGGUGCUAGAAGUCUUCCAUGAUCCAUUUGGUAAGAAAUGCCAGGAGUUGUUUGAAGAUAAAACAAUGGAAAGAAAGCCCCUGCCACAGGUAGUGCAGGUUGCAAAGCCACCAGUUGUAGAAGACUCCCGCAUUGCCAAGGUGGACCCAGCUCUUAGCAAGCGGCUGGAGGAGACCAAACUGGUGGAUAAUAAGCAGGAGCCGUACCGCCAACCCUACAAAGAUGUGGAUCACAGCGACAGCAACACGCGGUGGUCGGACGAGGAGCGCGAGUACCGGCACAGGCAUCGCAGCCGCAGCGAGAGGGACAGGGACAAGGAUAGAGACAGAGAUAGAUAUCGGGAGCGCUAUGCGCGCGGCACGAGCGAGGCUAACGACGCGCCUACGUACCCGACGUCGAGUCACGUGCCCGAGGUGCCCUACACUCUCGCGGGACCCUUGCCCUACGAGUCUUAUCCCUACGCCCCAGCUCCGGGGUACAGCUACAGCUACGGCGUGGGAGUGGGAGUGGGCCCGCACCCCGGCGCGGCGGGCGCGGGCGGCGUGUGGUGGGGGGAGUGGCGGCAGCACAUCCCCGCCACCCCCUCCACGCCGCGCCCGCACGUCCCACCGCACACCGCCCCACAUCAUCAUCCCCAUCUGGAGCGGCGGCCGAGCGCGACACCAGCGUGGAGCGGCGCCGCGCUGUCUGCGCCGCCGCGCGACCGACACUCGCCCGAGCCCGGCGAGCGCACGGAAAAAGAUAAGGAAGCGCCGCCGGAGAGUGGGGCGGAGGCCGAGGCGGCGGCCGAGGGGGCGCCGCAGCCGCCCGAGGAUGGCGAGGUGGAGCCAGAGCCCAAACCGCCGCCGCCCAGCGACGAACAUAAGAAUGUGGAUCUCGACACUAGAAUAGCGAUGCUGCUGAAAGGCGCUGGAUCCGGUACAGGGGGUGGGCUGGCUCCGCCCUUCCUAGCGCUGGGCAUGUCUUCGGAAGAGGACGAUGACGAGCGACUGCCCAGCAGGAUCCCGGACCUGGACGCUCACCAACCGCCUUCCGAUGACGAAGAAUCCAUCAGCGACGACAGAGAGAGCAUAAUAUCAAUAGAAAGGAACAAGGAAAUCAACCCCGAGCCGCUGUCCACCACCCCGUCCCCGUACCUCUCAAGGGAAUUCUAUAUUGAAGUCUUACAGUACACCAAGGAUAAGAAGGCGAAACAGGAAGAGCGCAGGAAGCUGUCGAGUAUGAACAGAAAUCUGCCGGCCAUAGACAAGAUCGGGUCAGACAUCUCGUCGUCGGAGGACGAGCUGCUGACGGGGGAGCAGCCGCGCCGCGCCAGCGACCUCGACAACCUACAUGAUGACCAGAUGUCGCUGUCGUCACUGUCGCCUAACGACACGAAGAUUGAAGAACAAGUCCCGGCUGAGCCCUACUACUACCCGCCCUUGGCUGCGGCGCCCCAACAGCCCUAUUACCAACCAAUACCGGCGUGGCCGCCCACUGCCUACCCGCCGCCCGGCUACGGCGCGCCGGAGAUGCUGGCGUACAGCGCGGGCUUCCCGCCGCUGCUGCCGCACCACGUGGUGGCGCCGCAUCUCACCGCCGCGCCCGUGCCCAUGGACAAUGAGCAUGACAAUCCAUACUACUCAACUAUCAACCGUGUGAUCGAGCGAGUGACGGCGGAGCUGAAGCUGAUUCUAAAAAAGGACUUCAAUAAGAAAAUGAUAGAAAACACUGCCUUCAAGAGUUUCGAGGUGUGGUGGGACGAGCAGAGCCGCAAGAUGAGACAGACCAAACCUAAGGAGGAAAGCGGGCCAUUACAGGACAUCUCGAACAAGAAGGAAGAGGCGGUGGAUUCGAUAAAAUCCAUAAUGGAGACUCGCGACCUCGGAUUGGAGCUGGGCGGGUACGGGUCGGGCAUAGGCCUGGGGCUCCGCGCCGCCAUCCCCAAGAUGCCCAGCUUCCGGCGGAAGCGGAAGAUACCCUCGCCCGUGCUCAUGGACGAUGACUCCUCCAAGCGGCUUAGCGAUCAGGAGGAGAUGGUGCAGCACUCGGACUCCGAGAAAGAAGUGGGGGCCAGCCCUCGCAGCCGCACCACCGGCUCCUACCUGUCGCGGCGCCGCCGCAGCGACUCCACUGACUCCAGGUCAUCCUCAUCGUCGUCGAGUCGGUCGUCGUCAUCGGAGUCGGAGUCGGAGCGCAAGGGCGCGGCGCCGCGGAUCUACUCCGAUACUGAGGACGACACCGAAAUCGAUGAGUCCGAGUUCAAGGUGGUGUCGAACAAGGAGAGGCUACGGAGGGUGUACUCCUCGUCCUCCGACAGCGAAGAGGAGCAGUCGAGGUUGCGAGAGAAAACCCCAAUCCCGGAGGCGGAGCCCUGGACGGAGUCCCGCCUGGGGUCUCCCAUCUUGUCUCCGGAGCAGCCGCGGGACCUCUUCGACCGCGUGUACUCGGACUCCGAGGAGGAGCGGGAAUAUCAAGAAAGGCGAAGAAGGAACACGGAAUACAUGGAACAGAUCGAGAGGGAGUUCCUGGAGGAGCAGAGGAAGACUAUGGAGACGAACUCGCGGCCGCAGCCGGAUAAACCUCCUGAUACUAGUCUACCGGAGAGCAAAUCCGAGGAAUCCCGCACAAGCCCCGUUAAAAACCACCUCAAAUCUCCCGAGAAGAGAGAGAAACCAGAAGAAGUGGAAGAAGGAGAGAUCACGUCCGACGAAGAAGACACUCGCCGCAAAGACAGGCGGUCGCGGAAGCGGAGCGAAAAGCGGAAGCGGAUCGUGUCCGGCAGCGACAGCGCGGCUGAUGCUCCGCUCAGCCUUAACGGAGUUAAAGAAAGCCACAGCACGGAAGCAGCGUCGGAGCCGUCGUCGCCGGUGUCGCAGGCGUCGCAGAUGUCGCAGGCGUCGCAGGCGUCGCAGGUGGCGCUCGACCACUGCUACUGCCGGCCACCCCCCGACCCCCGCCCCGAGACGCCCAACACCAACCAUCUGCAGCACGAUCACGGAUACACAUGGAUGGCGGAACCGGAAAGCGAGUCUCAAACAGAAAUCGGCAAGCCCAAGAAGGAGACCAAGCGGCCGUACAAGAGAAAAUACGAGACAAAGAAACUCGCGGAGAUACAGAACAAGUUGUUCGAGUCGUCGUCCGCGGCGCCUGCGCCCGCGCACUCGCGCGUGGUGUUCAAGCCGCGGGACAUCAUGAGCGAGAUGCAGGUCAUGUACGAGUUCCUCACCCGGGGCAUCGACAGAGAGGACGUGGAGUUCCUGCGGCGCGCGUACGAGUCGCUGCUGGCGGAGGACGCGCAGGGCUACUGGCUCAAUGACACGCACUGGGUGGAGCACCCGCCCACCGACGUCUGCUACGCGCCGCCCAGGAAGAAGUCCAAGCGGCACAAUCAUGUUUACGAUGAUUUGCAGGCGCACUCGAGUGGCGCGGCGCGAACGGAGGGCUACUACAAAAUGGACGCGCGGCUGAAGGCCAAGUACAAGUACCACCACGGUCGCACCGCCGCCGCGCAGCCGCUGGGCUCCGCAGCCAACGACGACAAGGCCAAGAAGAUGCAGCUGCUGUCCAGGGAAGCCCGAUCCAACCAGAGGAGAUUGCUCACCGCCUUUGGCACGGACACGGACUCGGACCUGCUGAAGUUCAACCAGCUCAAGUUCAGGAAGAAGCAGCUCAAGUUCGCCAAGUCCGGCAUCCACGACUGGGGUCUCUUCGCGCAGGAGCCAAUAGCAGCGGACGAGAUGGUGAUCGAGUAUGUGGGCCAGAUGAUCCGGCCGAUCGUGGCGGACGUGCGAGAGGCGCAGUACGAGGCGACCGGCAUCGGCAGCUCCUAUCUGUUCCGCAUCGACCUCGACACCAUCAUAGACGCGACCAAAUGUGGGAAUUUGGCGAGGUUCAUCAACCACAGCUGCAAUCCAAACUGCUACGCGAAGAUCAUAACAAUAGAGUCUCAGAAGAAAAUUGUGAUAUACUCGAAGCAGCCAAUAGGAGUGGACGAGGAGAUCACGUACGAUUACAAGUUCCCGCUCGAAGACGAGAAGAUUCCGUGUUUGUGUGGCGCGCCGCAGUGUCGCGGUUUCCUCAAUUAACGUGUUUACGAAUUUAGUCUCUAUUGAAAUGGAAAAACGGUUCGAAUUCCGUUGUGAUUUGUUGCAUACUAUGCUUUCUAUGGCCUUUAAUGUUGUUAAAAACAAAAUUGCUCCAGCUGAUCUAAAAAUCACCAUAAUUGACUCCUAAGGGGAUCUCGAAGUCAUAACUAUACUGUUUGUAAUAUAUUACAUAAUCAUCAAGAUACAUAUUCCUGUAAUUGAUUAGAAAUCAUGGCCUUGAAUCCCACUAACGGAUUGCGAAAAUUUAAAUUAUGCAACGACACUUUCUACUAUAAGUAAUUGACACAACUCAAAUGCUUUUAUAAUCUAGUGCUGUCAGGAUAAAAGUUGCAUAUUAUGGCUUUAUUCCAACUAUUUAGGUGUCGUGAACGAACGAGUGAUUGCUUUUUAAAACUAUUGGCUGUAGCCAAAGCUGAUGAAAUAUGCUUUGAAGACAAUAAAACCGAUCAUCAUUUAUUUUGUAAUGUCGAAAUUAGCCGUUUCAGAUUUGCUUUCUUUUAAUAAUGCCCGUUUUUACACUUUUGGUUGCAAACACUUUGAUUUCGACUAUUGUGUUCCUCUAUCUCAUUGAUGAAAUAAAUAAAACGAAACUUUCUAAUACCUCAAUUCAUUAUUAUAAAAGAAAUCGAAUCGAUGGAAAAAUCUUGUAAUGCUCUGUACGAUGGACUGAUUGCGUAUGACAUUAGCGUCUUAAGAGUAUGCGCACCGAAUCUACGCUUGUCAAAGCAGAAUAAACUGCCUCAAAUUUAUGUAAUCUUGUAUAAAGUAAUAAUUUGUGUGAUGUGUGAAUCUGAAGGUGUUUUAUCUCUUUGUAUUUAAUGUAUGCCCAGAGCAUCGUAUAAUAAUAAACGAUCCAUGUAUUGUAAUAUACUGUUUUGACUGAGUCUAAAUAUGAUAGAUUAGACGUAGGUUAUCAGAGAAACGUGCUGUAUAAUUAUUUGUGUUGUACAUUAUUUGUGAAUAAAAAGAUCUCUGCUGCUACGUCAGACUAUGUAGUACACGUCUCAAGUACAUGCCUUGUUAUGAAGUCCAUAUUGGCGAUCAUUUUGUUUCCAUUCGGACAUGACGUCGCGAAAUUGUGAUGGAGAAUGUUAUAAAUUAAGUCUGUUGCGGACUUCCUAAUCACACUUCAUUUCAUAUAAUGUAAUGUAAAAUGUAUAAGUUUGUAAAUAAAAAUUCCAACAAUUUUGA